UCUCCGGUUGAUUGUGUUAUUGAUUUUUAAUUACACCUAACAAUCUUUGUAAUAUUGAUUAUUUACCUUUUUGACCUUUGAUUUCGUGUCGCAGUAAAGUCUGAAUUGUGGGUUGUUUAUGUCUGAAUAAGAAUUAUAUCUACUGGAUUACGUGCUGACUUGGUGGUUCCGAGCCCACGGAUUUCUGUGAAGACUAAACAGACAGACAGACAGCUCAAUCAAGCAAUCAUCAUGCGCCCAUCAAGUUCACAGGCUACCGGCAUAAGUCCCGAAACGUUCGUUUACGCAGCAAGGGACUUUAUUGAGUUAUCAGACAAGUACAUGGACAGCUGGACUAUAUAUCAGAAUGACAAUGAAAUAUUGAGCACGCAUUUAAAAAGAGAGGAGUUUAUCAGUCAUCGGGACCAGACAGGCAAAGUGUUCUUGUAUCGAGCGGAAUAUGUUAUAUUUUACAACCUGAGCUACGGAGUACCUUCCUUCAGUUUUAAUGUAUGGGACUGCACAGGAAAGCUGCUGACUUUGGAGCAAGUGAGGGACAUAUCCCUUAUGAAGACACGCAAAGAAGAUUUCUUCUCUGUGGUAACACAACAAGAACACCCUGUAUUGUAUAAACCAUACUUCAUUAUCCACCCAUGCCACACAGCUGAACUCCUAUCAAUGUUCCGGAAGACGAGCAAGAAUCUCAUUAUUACUUUCCUUAGUCUUAUAACUCCUUUGAUUCAACUUAACUUGCCAUUAGAGUAUGGAUUAUUAUGAUUCGUGCGUAAAUAGGGUUUUUAUACCCUAUUUACGCACCUCUCAUAGCUGGAUAAGCAACUGGAUAUUGUCCGUGAUAAUUUAGUAUUUUGCUAUGUUAUGAUUUAUGGAUGCUAUUUUACGCUAAUUACGUUUGCCUGCGAAUCAUCACAACUUAGCAUGCGUAUUUGCUAAUAGUAAUAAAGCAAAUAUCACUUUUUAAAUUAGUGGUUGCCCUAGACUUUAACUCUUUUCAUCGCAUUAAGAAAAGUUACCAAUGAACAUGUCCAGAAAGCAACAAAGGUUUAAACCCUUUAUUUUGUGGAUAACAAAGUCAAAGUCAAAUAUUUCAAGUAAGCACAUAGAUGACACUUUUGAUGCGUUCAUUCCAUACUAAAUAUGAACAUAGUAGUGAGUAGUGUUGGCGAUAACUACAUUCGUAAACCUAGAACUAAAGCUACGAGGGUUCUUAACGCGCACUGGUCUAAGAAGAAGCCAACAACAAACUUAGCCAGGUGACGCACACAGACAAUUGGUAACAAGACUCCAAUGUUUGUUUCCAGGGUGGAAUGGAAUGUGUUUAGGUCUAUGUCACAUUUUGUCAAAAGUGGUUUUGUGGUAGAACCAUACUUGUUAACCAUACCAUUGGUAACACACUUGUAUUUAUCAUAUUAGUAGGUAUAUAUUUAGAAUAAGUUAAGUUUAGUUACCCUUGUGGCUUCACAAGAAUGUUGCAGAAAGCAAAUGAAUAAAAUUUGCAGCUAUGAAUAAAAACACGCUUGUAUGUG